AUGUGGACUCACAUCUUCAAGGCUCUUCAAGGGUUUCAAGGGUCUUCUUCUUCAGCUCUUCAAAACAAAAUCCAAACCCUAGCAACUACUCCCAGCCGACACCUCCUCCGCCACCACCUCCACUUCCUCCGCCACCACAAUACGCCGUCGUCUUCGGCGCCACCGUUCUCCGCCGGUACCGCCUCCACUUCCUCCGGUGAUUUUCGUUGUGAUUGGGCUGUUUCCCAAGUUUUUCCACAAGAUCCAAACCCUCGUUUACAGGCUUCGGCCUUGACACGAUUUUUUUGGUUCUUCAAUUGGCGCCAUCCGUGGGAAAUUCAGUCAUUAAACGGAAAGCUCGUCGCUCUUCACCGUUUUGUUUCAAAAGCUGCAGACCGCUCUAUUCCUUUCAUGAAUGUGUUGAAAAAACGAACAGGAAAAGGCCAAAUAGAGUGGACACCAGAAGCCGAUUCGGCAUUUCAGGAGUUAAAAGUCUGUCUCGGAUCCUUGCCCACUUUAACCGCUCCAACUACCGGAGAAACUGUCACGGUGUAUCUCUCCGCCUCCCACUUCGCAAUAAGCGCAGUACUCGUAGUGCAUCGGAAUCAAGCACAAAUCCCAGUCUAUUAUGUAAGCCGCAUCUUGAAAGAUUAUGAAACUCGGUACCCAAUGAUUGAAAAGUUAGCACUCGCUUUGGUGCAUGCCUCUAGGCGCCUCCGAAGAUACUUCCAAGCUUUCAAUAUAGAAGUACAGACUGAUCUUCAGAUCCAACAAAUUCUCAGAAAGCCCGAGGUCUCCGGACGUCUCACUAAGUGGGCAAUAGAACUCAGUGCUUUCGAUAUCACCUAUCGUACCAGAGGACCAGUGAAAGGCCAGGCAGUGGCAGAUUUCCUCACAGAGGUCCCAACCGGAGAAAGCACUAAGGAAAAAUCCGCCCUACCAAAGGUGUGGAACCUAUAUACGGAUGGGGCCUCCAGUAAAGAAGGAUCGGGGGCAGGUUUAAUCCUAAUAGAUCCGGAAGGGAUAGAGUAUACUUACGCCUUACGUUUCGAAUUUAAAACUUCAAACAAUGAAGCAGAAUACGAGGCUCUCCUUGCAGGUCUCCAAACCGCGGCCAAAGCCGGUGCAACUUCUGUACUAGCACAUGUUGAUUCAUUAUUGGUAGCCAAUCAAGUCAGCGGAGAGUACGAAGCACGAGAGGAUAACAUGGUUCGGUACCUUCAGCAAGUUAACAGUUUAAUCUCCUCUUUUGACUCUUGUAAGAUAGUACACAUUCCGCGGAGCAAAAACAAAAAGGCCGACGCCUUGAGCAAGCUUGCGUCCGUAGCAUUUUGUCAUUUGUCAAAAGAAGUUCUAGUCGAAACCCUGCAAACACCGGCCAUCCAGCAGACGGAGUCUGUCAUGUCAGUCUCCAUGCUUGAAAACUCUUGGAUGACUCCGAUCGUGGAUUAUUUGAAAAAAGGGACGCUCCCAGAAGACAAAGCCCAGGCCCGGAAGCUAAAGGUAAAAGCGUUGCAGUAUCAGAUUCACGAUGGGCAACUUUACCGUAAGACCUUCUUAGGUCCACUCUUGAAAUGCUUAACACCGGAGGAAGCUAGUUACGUCAUAAGAGAAAUCCACUGGGGAAUAUGCGGCAUCCACGCCGGACCGAGGAUGGUCAUAGCUAAAGUCAUGAAUGCCGGAUAUUUCUGGCCGGGUAUGCAUCAAAGCGCGGUUAAUGAGCUCCAAUCAUGUGAAGACUGCCAGCGACACGCUCCCACUAGUCAUCGAGCCAAAAACAAUCUCGUUCCUGUAACAUCGGCUUUGCCGUUCUAG